GCAAAUGGCUGAACGACUUGAAGAGAGAAGCCGAGCUGUCAACGCAAGUGUGCAAUGAUUAGCCAGUUGUUGUCUUUCCCCAAACUUCAGCGUUUGGACGUCGCAGCAAUUAACCAGUACCCGUAAGUUUUAAAACAGCAAUAAGGUUAUAUGAGACAUGAGUGGCACGGUUCAGCAGAUUACUCUGAAUCCAGGCAUCCCCUACUUCCUAAGAGUUGACUGGGCUGUGGACCUGGGUGCUGGAUUCACAUUAGCUCUUACUGACGGAAGCUCAGCGUGGAUCGGAGAAGUUUCAGAGGAUGAGAUGACAAGAGAAGCCAAUGACAUGGGAGUCAUAAGAGAGAAAUAUGUUGAAGAUCUUCUUCAAGCUCUAACAAAAGGUGAAGAACGAGUGGGAGGAAAACGAAAUGGGAAAGAGGAGUAUUCUUUUUGCCUCUCUUCAGAUCACAAUCUUCUUUCAUAUCAGAAGAUCUGCAACAACAUUUUGAUACACUUGGGCUCUGUGGAGCUUCAGCCAGCACCAAACUCUGUGGAGCUCAUCCGGGAGAUGAUCGGGAAGUCUCUGCAGCACAAAGCAGAUCUGGAGGCAGAAAAUUCAAGGCUGUUAGAGGAGAACUGUACACUGACACAGGAUCACCAGCGUAUACUGAAAGAGCUGGAGCAGCAGGUUAAGCAUAAGGAGAUGUUAGAAAAGGAAAUGUAUUCGCGUUUUGUCAUGGUGUUAAAUGAGAAGAAAGCGAAGAUCAGAGGACUGCAAGAGACCGUCCAACAGCUCAGCCACACCGAUGAGCAGCAGAAAGAGGAUGAAAGAAGACAAAGUGACGGUGAGGCCUCUCAGAGUGAAGACGGUGGACAUCCCUCUCAGGAGUCAACUAUCCUCAUAAAAGAUUGUAGUUUAGUGUCACAAGGCGUCCCUAUCCAUCAAAGUUUUUCUGACGAUGAAGAGAGAGAGACAGAAGAGGCGGUUGACUUCAUAAUCCUAACACAGACUCCUCUGAAGAUCAGUAACAUUAAUGACUGAAUGUGAACACAGGCCCUUCACGUUAUCUGCAGUAUCUUUGGGAACUGUUUGUGUUGCUGCAAACGAAAUGGUAAUGCCAGGUAAUCUAGAAAUAAAUAAUGUAUGCAGUUUUUCAUGAUUUGGAUUUACUUCCUACCUGCUACUAAAAUAUUGCUGCCACUCAGGCUCUGUGCUGUUUAAGAAUGAAGAAUUAAGUUCAGAAAACUAACAAACAAAGGCUUCUUUGUUAGUGUUUGUUGUCCUGCUUUUCUUUUCUUUAUUUAUUAAAAAAAAGAAUAAAUGCUGUAUGUUGCAUUUAAACACUGUAAACUAGCACUUUGUCAAAGGUAAUUUGAACUUAAUCUUUCUUCUUGUUUUUACAUGCCCUUUUAUUUUCUGGAAAUUUAUGACCAAAGCAUCUUGGUUGUCUCCAUGGAGUGAUUGGGGGGGGAUGUUGUUUCUCAUUGUCUUAAUUUGUACACCUUGUGUUUUAACUCAGCUACCAGCUUUGGUAGCUGAGUUACUGUACUUGCAUCUGUACUUUGGGGCCAAUGCACCAGCCUUCAGGUUCUUUAUCUCACCAUUCUGCCUUUGGCUUUUAGAUCCUCUUGCAGUCUUUUGUCAUUUUGAUGAUACCUUUUUGUCUGCUUAAAUCCACGGGUGGCCGCCUGGUUAAUCCUCCUGCAACACGUUCUUGCGGGUGCUGUAAUCCCCACAAGAAUGUUCCACUCUCUCCUCUGCACUCCGCAUGAAUUAGGUAUUUUACAAAGGAAAGUAGAGAGCUGUGUCAGAGGUUAAUUUACAGAUGAGUGCAGUACAAGAUGAUGAGACAAAGUGGGGACAAAGUGGAGGCCACUCUGAAGAUUUUGGUGGUUUUAUUCUAAAUUUUACUUUAUAGUUUGAUUUCACAUAACUUUUGUUUGUGUCAGCUUGUGUGCCAUAGUGAAAUCGACUAGAAGAAACAUGCUUGAAUUGUUGGAGGAGCUGGUGUGGCAGGUUGUUGUACUAUCUGGACAUAUAGUUAUAGUAAAAAAGUGGCACAGACCUUAUACAGUUCUAUUGUAAUCUACCUUCUAAUGUUUUAGAACAAAAAAACCCAUGAGGUCUUUGCCAAGUUCUGCAGUUGUUUGAUUAUUACCUCAGAGGUAGGAAAACACAAAAGUUUCUAAACUGUUUAGAAAAGAUCUAUAGGAUGUUGAGCAAAAACUAAGUACAACCUUAGAGCUUUUUAUAUGAUUUGAAAGGUAAAGGAGCCACCAGGAGCCGCUUAUCAAAUGUAUUUGAUUUAUUAAUCAUCAGCAAGUGUGGCUGCCUCUGAAAACAGAAGUUUUUAUGGUCAGUAGCAUACAGCUGAGUGCAAAAGUUAGAAAAAAGGUUAUCUUUUGAACAAGAUUUUAGUUACAAUGUUCUAUAUUGCAAGUCAUGUAAAAUACUUUAGGAUUGUGAUAUUCAGUGGUUAUGUACAUAUAUCUUCUCAGCAAGUUUGGCAUUUAAAAACAGCUUUUAAAUCCCGAUGGCGUCUUCCCAAGGGCAAUCUAUAUCCUUCAACUGAACACGUGCUCAUGCAGCUGGAGGGGUUAAUGAUGUUCAAGAAAAAGCUUCAACGGCUGAGGCAGCCUCACAUUAAGCAUCCAGUCACUUACUUAUCAUCGUCAUUCACUUAUCGAGUGCACCUGUAGAAUUCCCAUCAUCCAGAGAAAUGACAGGAGCCUUCCUGUUUUUCCUGCCACAGAGUUGCAAUGAGACAGACCCGUCUUUGUCUCAUGCUGGGCUGCUCAGGACUCACCGCUCUCCACCUUGAAGUGUAAUGUCUGAAACAACUUGGCCUCAUAAAAAUAGUUCUUGAAAACUGAAAAUGACAGCUCACUCACGAAGGUCUAUCAACAGGACCACAAAAUAUAAGAAAUGCAAGCCGUUCCUUUGUAGAGUUCAUAAUAGGCCCAAUUCUCACAGUUAUUGGUUUAUAUUUUAGUUAAAAAUUUCCCCGUUUAAAAUGUCUAAUUUUUGUUGGACUGGAUGUGUCUGCCUCUGUUACCUCCUGCUGGUUUUCUAUACAGUGGUCUAUCCUUAGCAUCUUAUUGUCUGAAUCAGAUUCUGUGUAUUAACAUAUUUCUUAGCUUAUAAGACAGACACUGGUGCAUAUAAAAUAUGAGCAUUUUGUGUGCACCAAAAUGCUCCUAUUGCUGUAGCUGCUGUCUUUUGCUUCAUGCUAUGCCAUACUCAUAUGAUGUAGCAUAUGAGUAUGACAUAUGGCCUACUCAAUCCUAUACUACCUUGAGUUGGUGGUGGCUACAGGGGACAGCAUCUCCUAUUUUGUUCUAGAUGCUGUCAGUUGAUUGUGAGAUGUAAUAAACGUGUGUAAAUCAAAAAUGACUGAAUGAAUCUGAAAGUGGCCUUAUUUACACCUUUCAAAUGUAAACUUUCUAAGAUAAUGUGAAUAACACUGUAUUGUCUUAUAUCCCCAAAACUCUUAAGUGUGCUUUGCUUCACAAUCUUGUUGUUAUCCCUUUUGUAUAACAAAAGGGAUUUUUCUACCAUUAUUUUUUUUAACAAUACUUGAAUAAUGACUCUUGUAACAUUUUUCUUCUGUAAUAAAAAGCUUAUGAGCCUCGGUCUCCGUGUGAAGGGCCAUGGUGACUGUCUGCUAUUACCUAACACUUUUUCUAUAUCAAUCUCAUUUAUUUAAUUUCCACAGAAACUGAAUGCUGGGUUUCUAAGCCACAACUGUCAGAGCUGUACCUUGAACUAUAUUACUUUGUAAUUAAUCUAUGUAAUACUUGUUGACUGUUCAAUGAUAUUCAUUGUGAUGCAUCUGUUAGCAGAGUAGUGUCUUGGUUGCCCUCACACAAGUUGUCACUCAUGCUAAAACUAGAGACAGCACCAUUCAAAGCUUCUUUUGUUGUUUGAAUAACGUACAAAUCCCCAAUCAUUUCCUUCUUGCUUCAAUGGUUUUCAAUAGCUAGUGGCAAAGAGUAACCCCCUCUGUUCCGACGUGCUCGUUAAGACAUCCUUUUGAUCAGCACAAACCGAGUGGAUUUUCUUAUAGCUGUUGGUGUUAACUGAUUGUCUAAUUAUUUGAAUUAAACCAAAGACUAAGUAGAUUUGAAGAGCAUAGUCAUAGAACAUUAAAUAUUUAUAGAACAUUAAAUGAAUACACACAUCUAUAUAUGUGUGUGUAUAUAUAUUGAGAGUACACAGAGGAACGUAGUGAUCAGGAGCAUCAAAUGUCCUGACUGACAAAAUUAAGGUUUUUCUGAUAAUCCACCCUUACAAGUAGUUCAUUAAGUUUUUAAAGAAUUGCAACGUUUAUGACAUGAAAAUGUCAAAUGCAUGCAAACAUUUUACUUAUGAAUGGCCAGUGAUGUACAGUAACAACUAAGCUUCUGUAUGCAACCCAAGCCUAAACUUUAUGCAGCUAUUCAAAAUGGUAUUCAGAAAAUUGGAGCUGAGAAAUCCAAGACAAUUUUCCACAGCUGACUUAAUUUUCUCUCAUGGCUGGGAAUGGUUUACAUCAUUAUUUUGACUUCCUCAAGACCAAAGCGUCAUCAGGCUAUCCACAAUGUGUUCCUUCGUGUUGACUCAUUGGCAGCUUGGCUUCAAUAUCAGUGUCUCACACUGUCACCCUUGUCUGCAGUGUUUAAUCUACAGUGAGAGAAACAUUAGAAAGUUCUGCCAAACACAUUUAAUCUUUUGACUUAUUGUUAUGUUUAAGUUUUUGCCAGGUUUUAUUGUUGAGAGUUCUUUGCUUUGUGUUAUCCUUGUUGUUUUGCUGCCAUAAUUUUGACAUAUCUUCUUAUUUUGAUAAUUGCCAAAUACAGUAAUUAUUGUAUUGUGUUGUGCCUUACAACAGUUUGUUUGUUUUACUCACCCACUGUUGUUGCUCACAUUUGGUCUGUUGAAGGAUAUUUUGGAACAGUCUUGACAUCAGUCAUUUCACUGUGAUUGUAUUAAAGUUUGUUUUCCAAGACUUUAGGCUUCUGAGUCUGCAGUAAGGUUCUUCUCCAUAUACAUUCAUAUCAAAUGCAAAUAUAGCUUUAAAGUGUUAUGUGGAAAGGAGUGUGUCAAUAGCUUUCACUCAAUUCCAAAUAUUUUGACACUUAGCUUUCAACUUCAUUUUCUGGAAUUACUUGCAGUCUUCAAUUCACACACAUAGACCAAUAAUAGGAUUGGUCUAUGUGUGGUUGGUUGGAGGAUUACAUUGCUUUAGUUGAGCCGUAUUAUUUUAAAAGCUCUAUGCAAAGAUUAAUGUGGUGGUAAUGAUGUGUUGGGGUUUUCAGUCACAUCCUAUUUGUUCCAUUCAAAUUUUUUUUGAAAGGAAUUUUUUGUCCAACAGACAAGAAGCUCUUGGACAAAAUUGGCUAACAGUCACAUUCAUAGUGCAGGGAAACAUAUAUUUCCCACUUACAGAUUUUUUUCUGUUUUUGUUUUGCCACAGUUUAAUGUUUUAGGCCAUCAAACAAAUUCUAAUAUCAGUAAAAAAAACAAAGUACAAAAACAGUUUUCAUGAAUUAAGUGGACACACUUAAUUCAUGAAAUUAAGUGCAUAAUUUAAAACUUCAACUACAUUUCACGCCUCCAGUAAGCAGUUGUUACUCAAUAGCCAAGAGCUCACAUCCUCUGUAAGAAGCAAAUAGCAGCAGACAAGGAGCUGGUUUUUAACCAGACUAAUCCAUACCUAACCUGGUAAAAGUCAUGCCCUGGUUCUACGCUUUGCUUCAUACCGAGAAUCCUAACCCAAUUAUUGUGAAACAAUUGCUUGCUGGAGGUGAGAACACUGACUAUGUUUAAAAUUUUUAUCGGCAACGUUUGGCUGGGAUGUAUGUGGUGCACCAGUUUAAUUCUUUGAAGCUUAAAUUGCAUGCGCUGUAAACGACAAUCCCCAGAAAACAUCCCAGAUGGAGCAGUGAUGAAAAAUGGGAAUCGAGGAGAAUUGCACAGGAAGAUAGUCUCUAGGCUAAUCCAGACCCUUUGUUAUAAAGUAAUUGUACCCUAAACCAAACAACUGCCUAAGACAUUUGGUCUAGGGGCGAUGGUGGUGAGGGCAGUAGGAAUUCCCUCUGAUUUCCGUUCUGUCCUCCUCUGUCCUUGUGUCCUUGGGCAAGACAUUUCACCUGCAACUCCAGCAAUCACCAACACCAGCCGGCCAGAAUCAGACUGACAUCCUCGCUUCUGUCAGACUGCUCCAGGGCUUCUGUGGCUACAAUGCAGUAGCUUGCCAUCAUCAAUGUGUCGAGGUGUGCGUAAAUGGAAACGACUGGUUGUAAAGAGUCUUCAAGGGUCCUGAAAAGCGCUAUGCAAGUUUUAUACAGUGUAUAAUAGUCUAGUUGGGUUUUCUAUUAGACUGAUACAGAAUCAACACUCAGGUAAACAUAAAUUAAUGAUCUACAUUUUUAACUGAAAUGUUGGCUCGAAGGGAUCAAAACUGAUUUUUAAGCAGGUGACAAAUGUCUAUGAGUUACAUGAAACAUUGCUCUUUUUUUCUGUUGGUGAUAUAAAUUCUGACUAUCUGGCUUUUGCAUUUAGAGCAAAGCUCAAUUCUUAAUCCAGUCUUAUUUAAUUAAGUCAUACUUCUAAUUGGAUAUCUUAAUAAAACCAAAAGUAAAUUGUCAUAUUUAAGCAGAUAAUUUAUAUCUGUAGAUUUUGUAGUCUAAUGAAUAGAAAACGUAAAUCAAGGAUGUAAAAGUUGAAUCAAGUUGGUUUUUGGCAAAAUCAAAACAAGGCAAUGAAUCAGCUAUUUUACAUUUUGCAGUUCACUUACGGUAAUUUAUAUUGAGAGGUAAACAUAAUCUUGGAUCUUCUUAUAUGUAUAUAAAACUUUACAUGAGCUUGCUCUAGCUUGAGAUCUGAGAAUGUUGCUUUCUGUAUUGAUGCUCCCUAUUUUAUGAAAAAUAAUUUACAGCCCCCAGCUCUAAAUAACUUUUAGAGCUUGAUUAAAAAAAAAAGCAAACAAAAAAACAUAUUUCUAAUUUAGUUUGUAUUGUGUGUUAAUUUAGGUUUGUAUUGUGUGUGUGUCUUUGUCUCUCUUAUAACCACUUUUAUGGGACUGUUAUUGUGAUGUUGAUCUCUUUGGCUCCCUUUCUUUACUGAUUAUUGUCUAUAUCUGUCUUAUGUAUUCAUGCUUUAAAACUAUAGCUUUUCUGUGUAGGAAACAGAUUUUAUUGGUUCAUAAAUGAAUGAAAAUUAAAAAAAAUAAAUCUUGACUUCAAAUCUU